UCCUCCUCCUCCUUGACCUUGCCCUGCUUGGCGUUGCCUCUCUUCUAAUUUAAAUCCCAGGAGAGGGGAGGAAGGAAGGAAGGAAGGAGAGGGAGAAGGAGGCGGGAGUGAUCUGCUGGUGUGUGGCUUGGCCUCCAUUCUUUUCUUACAUCCCCCUCCACUCCAUCUCUUGCUUCCCAAACCUUAACCCCCCUCCCCCUCCCUUGCCUUAGCCAGUAACCUCACCCCAAAUCCAACCUUCAAAGCUUUCCUCCUCCUCUUCCCCUUCCUCCUGCCGUCUUUGGGGCGAGCCAUAUUCAGAUCACUGAAACCUCAAAAGCCCUCUUCGUUCAGUUCAAGCCCUCUCCUCCUCCAGGUGAGCUUCCUUGAUUGCUUCUCCCGUUGCUCUAGAACGACGCGCUGCACAUUCUUUUUCUGCUGCCGAAGUAAAAUAAACAGCAAGGUUUUGGCCUCUUCUUGGAAAGUCCAGAGAAUUUUUGGCCUCUUCUUGCAUCUCGAUGCUGCUAUCGAUGCUGUCAGUGGUGAUCCCAGCUGUUUCCAAUUAGACAGAAAAUCGGCUUUGUUCCUGGCGGUUGUCGAUUUCUUUACGCGGUUGGAGCCAGCAGUUGCGUAUAUGCUCGCGUUCCUGAGUUGCAUUUGCAUCCCCUUCCUGCAACUCAACCGCACGCCCGAGACACGCACACAGAGUGCAGAGGAUAGAGGCGCCAUGGAUGAUCAUACCUGCGUCCGCGUGCGUGCUUGCAGGGCCCAUGGGUGACCACCUCGCGCUGCUGGUGGACCGGCUGCUCACGGAGUCCACGCUGGAGGCGGCCAUCGGGAGCGGCAAGCAGCCGGAGGCGGUGGCCAUCGAGUACUGCUGCGGCCUCCCCGCCGCCGCGGGCGACCGCGGGCCGCCGGCGCCGAGCAAGAUGGUGGAGUGCAGGAUCUGCCAGGAGGAGGACUGGGACGCCGGCAUGGAGGCACCCUGCGCCUGCCGCGGCAGCCUCAAGUACGCGCACCGGAAAUGCAUCCAACGUUGGUGCAACGAGAAGGGCGACACCGUCUGCGAAAUAUGCUUGCAGCAAUUCAGGCCAGGUUACACUGCCCCACAGCAGCUGUUCCACUAUGGAAGCAUACCAAUGAACUUCAGGGGGAACUGGGAGGUUGUGCGGCACGAUUUCCACGACUCGCAGGUCAUAACAAUGGUGCCCUCGGAGCGCGACUUCAUGGACGAGUACGACGACUACUUUCCAGUCAGGACGAGGAGCAGCGCCCUGUGCUGCCGGACAGUCGCCAUCAUUUUCCUGGCCCUCCUGGUUCUCCGGCACACUCUCCCUCUCAUGAUCGGCGGCGACGGGGAGUACUCGUUUGCUCUGUUUCUGCUUCUUGUGCUGAGGACCGCCGGAAUUCUGUUUCCGAUCUUGGUGAUGGUGAGAGCACUGGCGACCUUCCAUCGCCGUCGUCGCCAACAGGGAAACCAGGAAGCUUAUAUGCUCUUCUCGGACACCGACAAUGACGAAGAGGAGGAAGAAGACACCGACGAUGACGAAGAGGAGGAAGAAGAGGACACCGACGCCGAUGCUGCGUGGCUGUGACUCACUCGCAACCACGCCUUAUCCCGGUCUACUGACACCAAACAAGUUAAAGAGCGGCGCCACGUCGGCGUGGUUAACAGCAACAAAGAUCCCAAGAAACAGGGGGAAAUACACUGAUGUAGUAGGAUAGUCUGAAGCCACUCACUUCUGUGUGCACAAGAAAAAGAAGAAUGUGGUGGCUCUGUACAUACCACAGGACUAACCCAGACGAUGUAACUUGUGAGCUUCUCCAGCUCUCCCAUGUACUCAAGAGAUUACCUAAAAUUACUUGCAACUGGAA